CUUCCGCCUCCUGCCUCUGCAGCUGUUCCUGAGUCGGCUCUAAUGAAAGAAACGUCAUUUAGGCAGCGCUUCAGCUGAUCGGAGGUCAGCAGUUUCCAAUCCGGGAGUCCCGGUCUGCUGACAGUCACCAGGCGGUGGGAAUAUUUCGACGAGAAACUGAUUAAAAACCCAAUAAUCUCUGCGAAGGUAAACAUGGCCUCCUGUCCACCCAAAAGCAAGUUUAAGAUAACUUCUAAUGAGAGGCUGAAAGAAUUAAAAGAAAAGUUUGAAGCAAAGUUUGGAGAAUCUCCUCUCUUCUAUGCAUGUGGACCUGGAAGGGUAAAUCUAAUAGGGGAGCACAUCGACUACUGCGGUUAUUCGGUCCUGCCAAUGGCUAUUGAGCAGAGCAUCCUGGCAGCCGUGUCGGUGAACAACUCCGGGAUGAUCCAGCUGGCAAACACUAAUCCUCAGUACCAGGAUUUUAAAGUGUCCUGCUCAGAAGAGAUCAUCAUAGACAGAGAAAAUCCAAAGUGGUAUUUUUAUUUUCUCUGCGGUGUUAAAGGUAUCCAGGAGAAGUUUGGGAUCACUCAUUUAGCUGGGAUGUCCUGUGUUGUGGAUGGAACCAUUCCUCCCAGUUCCGGUCUCUCCAGUUCAAGCGCCUUAGUUUGUUGUUCAGGCCUCUUGACUAUGGAGGCGAACCAAAAGUCUCUUUCUAAGGUGGCUCUAGCUGAGAUAUGUGCCAAAAGUGAGCGCUACAUCGGGACAGAGGGAGGAGGCAUGGACCAGUCAAUCUCAUUCCUGGCAGAGGAAGGAACUGCAAAGCUGAUCGAGUUCCAGCCUCUGAGGGCCACCGACGUCCGGCUCCCAGAAGGGGCGGUGUUCGUGAUCUCCAACUGCUGCGUCGAGAUGAACAAAGCUGCUUCUUCUCACUACAACAUCCGUGUGGUUGAGUGUCGGAUCGCAACAAAGAUGUUGGCGCUGUCAAAAGGUCUGGAUCCGAGCCGAAUGUUGAAGCUCUCUCAGGUUCAGACGGAGCUGAAGGCCUCCCUGGACGAGAUGUUGGUCCUGGUGGAUGAGGUGUUGCAUCCUGAUCCAUACAGCCGCGAGGAGAUCUGCAAGGUGCUGGGAAUCACCUCGGAGCAGUUCUGCACAGAGCUGCUGAGCGCCAACACUCAAAAUGUAACGCAUUUUAAGCUUUACCAGCGAGCUAAGCAUGUGUACGGCGAAGCUGCGCGCGUGCUGAAGUUUCAGUGCGUGUGCGACGCCGGAUCUGCCGAGUCUCUCCAGCUGCUGGGGGAACUGAUGAACCAGAGCCACGCGAGCUGCAGGGACCUGUACGAGUGCAGCUGUGCAGAACUAGAUCAGCUAGUGGACGUCUGUCUGAAGUCUGGAGCCAUUGGCUGUAGGUUGACAGGAGCAGGCUGGGGAGGCUGUGCCGUCUCCAUGGUUCCCAGUGAAAAGGCGGAGGGCUUCCUAAAAGCCGUCAGAGAGGCCUACUACAUGUCAGACCCACGCAGAGCUUCCAUGGAAAAACAAAGUUUGUUUGUGACGAAGCCGGGGGGAGGAGCUGCAGUUCUACUGGAGGAGUAAAACCUCAAACCCACCAAUGUUUACUUUGCAAACUUUAUUUUUCUAAUCGGCUUGAAGAGCUGGGAAUAAUUGUGCUUUAUGUUUUAGCUCAUUUUACAGAUGGGAACACGAGGGAAUCAAUAUACACUGCUGUGAUUUGUAUUUGCUUGAAUUUCUUUUUGUAAUUUUGUUUUUUAUUCUGAGAGAUGAUGUCAAAUGAACCCUUUGAAAAUAAAACUAAACCAUAUAUU